UCAAGUCAAAGCAGUCAUACCCAAAAAUUACAGUUGAUACAGAUUCGAGAUUAUUUUAAAUUUUUAAACAAAUUUAGCUCCACAAUGCCGUAAAAUUACAUAUUAGAAAACCUAUUAACAUCUAUUGCCUAAAUGGCGUAAACAUCAAAAUUAACAAAAAUAAAUGCUUACAAUAAAUCACCUUGACGGGAUUUGAAAAAAACACCUUUGAAAGUGAUGAUAUUCAUGUAUUAAAUUUCAUAAAUAUGAGAUACAAUAAACAGGAGUUAGUCUCGCUAGCGUCCCAGACUUCGCAAAACUUCGACCGUGAAGGUGUGUUGAUCCUGAAAGAAAGGCAGGAUGGCUUUUUCAGGAGAUCUGAAGGUUGUUCCGUACGCUGGUUUCGACUCCGGGGUAAUCUGCUGUUCUAUCUUAAGGGUCCCGAGCCAUGGUACGAGCCCAUGGGCGUCAUAGUACUAGGACAUCAUCAAGUCAAAGUGCAAUCCCAAGAUGAAAAUGGUCAUUGGCCAUUCCAUAUCGUGUGGGAAAAUGGCGUUUGUUACAAAAUGGCGACGUUCCACGAAUCAGAACGAACGCUUUGGCUGAAGGCGAUAGAGUUGGCGCCAUACGACAACAUACAGGCGCAGGCGAACGUUUUGAGGGAAAGACUGAACAAAAUCAGGCCAAAUCUAGAUAUAUCUACUUAUAGACUGCAGAGGGGAAUUGUGACUGGCAAGUAUAUGAACGAAGUGCCGCUCUGCGAGUUAGCAUUAUCGUGUGACAACUUGCUGUGCGACGCUCACGGCCGGCCGCCAUCACCGCUCAUCGUGAUAUACGUUAAAUACGACAAGGGUCUGUGCGUCAGAUAUGGGGCUACGGAAAUCGUUGAGACCUGCAGCAAUCCGUGUUUUUCGAAAACGAUUUUGUUCCGUGCGAGCGACGGUCUGUCUGGCUCUGCGUUAGUUCGCAUCGAGGUGUACGACGUGAAGGAGCGCGUGUCCGAGACUGCUGUUCCCAUGGGGUAUACAUCAAUGCUGCUUAGCACUAUACAGGAAGCCCAAAGAAUGCGCGUCGCCCUCGUCACUCAGGACCAGAAAACAGUCGGUUUCGUCACCAUCAACGGUUGGAGUCUAGAACCAUCGUAUAUAGGAACCAGUCCCAGUCAUACGAACGACAGGAACUGUAUAGAUAUACCGCAGAAGGUUCUGUGUCACCGUCGCUCGCAGUCCUUGCCUCCAAGGCUCGGCUUGAAGCUAAAGUUUCCGUCAUACGGGAGCCUGUUGAAGCAGAACUUCGUUAAUAGCCACCAAGUGACGUACAGGUUUCACUCGGGAUUGGGAGGUGAUAUCACUGUGCACGAGAUUAUGGCUGAACCAAAACUGUGUUACGCAAUGCCGAUACAGCUGCUCGACAUCUAUAUCCAGCGUGAGAAAGAACUUCUUGAAGAACUGCUCUCUGUUGGCGAGAUAUGUGGCCAGUGGCAGUCCAGACAGUUGGACCUUGUUAGCACGCACGUUUCAUUACUGAAGCACUACUGCCAUUCAAGAAGAUGCAUGGUCAAUAUGGAAAACCAGUACUUCAAAGCGAGUAGUAGGAAAGAUGAUGCCAGCCUCGAAUUCGCGCCUAUAAACCUGCACCUCCAACGCAUGUGGGUCCACAACGACACUUUAAACAAGACUGGCUUUCAUGACGUAGUGACGGCCGGGGCUUUCGCCGCACAUACGCAUAAGGCCGAACGUACGGGUGGCUUAAUAAGGUUGGUACAACAAGUGAAGGAUAUAAACAGCACUAAGGCGGAGCUGAGUUCGAUAACGAAUAAGAUUCAGACCGAGUACGAUAACUUGGUAGCGGUGAGGCGUCUGCGCGAGGAGGUAUCGAAUGAUAUGGAGAAAAUUGUCAUGUUAUUGCAAGCCAAGCAGUUUGGUGGAGUCAAUAGCGUUGUUGAAGGCAUAAAGAGUAAAGUGAAGAGUAUACUGGCCCAAUGGGAGCCCGCUGUAGUCGAAGAGUCGCUGUCUUUCAUUGGCUGGCCAAAGAAUAACUGUAGCGAAGAGAAUGACCAACAGACGAUGUCAAUCAUAAUGCGCUUAACGGAACAACUGAGCAUGUUCGACACCAACUCAGACUGCGAUACCUUCGACGCCUCAUCAAGUUCUAGCUCCAAAGAGACCUCACCUACCGGAGAGACGCCCACACUAUCCUCAAGCGUCCCAAACAUAUGCAACUACCCGAAGAAACUAGUCCUAGAAACGGAACUACAAUUCCACAACGAUUACUUCAAGAAUGGGAUCGAUGAACGAGAUCGCGGCGGCUUGAAUCAUUCGUUCCGUUCGGUCAGACUUUCAAAGCCGAAGAUGGAGGGGCAGAGUCUGUCGUUCGAUUGUACUAAAAGGCAUGGGAGCUUGAGGCAUGACUUCAAGAGUUCAGCGUCGCUGGAGCAAGUCUCGUAUAGGUGUCUUGUGGAUGGAUUGAGGAAUGAUAAGAGAAAGGCGUUGGAAUCGAAGCGGGACUCCGGCACCCUGCCUGCCGUCGGACAGUUGGACCAAGCAACCAGAGAGAACAACUUACAAUACUUGAGAAACAUCGGUAUCGUUGUAGAGGAGGCUCUUACUACUUUAGUCGAAGAGCUGAAUAAAAUCGUCGCGAAUAAUGCGUCAAGCGAAGAUGAACUAGAGACCGUCAAAGGUUUGAUGGAUGGUCUGCGUACAAGUGGUGAUGAUGCAGCGAGAUGGAUGCGUCUGUCACACGCGGCGCUGCGUCUGCGUUGCGAGUCGCCGCAGUGGGCGCGCGAACACGCCGCCUUGCAGACUAGGAGGGAUACUUGCUUCUCACAAGCGUUGGCAACAGUCUCAGCCGGCCUACUCUGUUGGCUAUGCUCCAUGCCUGCUGAUGUCGUCACGAAGCUGCUCAGCUCUGGCCUGGGUCCGCUGUGCGGGUUCGAAGGUCUGCUGUCCCUCUACUCCACUGAGAAAGCGAUGUGGGGUGACAUGGUAGUAGCAGUUGAAGAUCUUCAGACAGUUGUCUUUAAUCUGACUAAAGUUGGACACAGUAAUACAUCGAUACCACAAGUGACGGGCACUCGUGGGGCGUUGACAGUUAACAUACCAAUAUCUGACUCGCUGUACUCCAAGUUUACAGCCAAAGAACACCUGAGUUUCACGAUAACCGCUGUGUUCUUCAACAUCGGUGUGAACGAGAAGGCGACCCUGGCCGAAGCCCUGGGCGAAACAACGCCGCAGUAUCACUCGAACAGCGACAACCUCGAUAGACUGAACAAGUACUAUCAUAAGUACAGCAAGAUAUUCCCAACUGAUCAUAUGGCGGCUAGCAGAGCAUCAUCAAGAACGAAACCACUUGAAGAAGUAAUGGAAACUCUGAGGAUAUGUGUUCAUAAGAAAGUUCCUAAGAACGUUGAGGUACUGCAUUUGGCCUCGCUCGCUACCAGGCUCAUGAAUGGUGUAAGGUUCACGUCUUGCAAGAGCGCUAAAGACAGGACGGGUAUGUCGGUGACACUUGAACAGUGUUCCAUCCUCGCGUCCGAGUACCAUCUAGCUGAACACGAGAUGAAGAAAGCUCUGAGCAUUAUGAGAAGUGAAGGCUGUCGCCGCGAGAACACACAAAAGAACAUCGGUACUAGAAAGUACGCGUUCACGAAGAAGCAAGUCAUGGCUCUACCAGCCGACUACAGACCGCCAGCCGGUACUUACGGCUCGUCACACACGUAAAGGUCAGAGAAAGGAGACAAGUGACAAUAUGACAUAAAAGUGUUAUCACUGAUCAAAUCGCUCGAAAAGGGGCGUAUAAGUAAUAGUAGGUGUACUGCUUAUACGCCCCUUUGGUUUCUAGCAUUCAACAUGUAAUCUUUAUGAGUCUCGUGACCUUGACUUGUUUCAAUAUCUAUGACGGAUGUGAUCAGUGCUACCGCUUGUUCGAGUAACACUGUCCUGAACGUUAAGUAUUCGCGUCAGAUGUUCAAGAACUGCAUUGAAUUAGUCACCCUUAAGUGUUAUGUUGUCUUUGUGAAUCAACACAAAGACAAACCGACACUUAAAGGAUAUAGCAAAAUGUUGUUGUUGAAUACGGCUGUUAUACUAUCAAACAUAAUCUAUGUUGACCAAACACUAAAGAUUCUUAAAGAUUAUCAUUUACUGAUUUGUUUUUUGUAAAGGAACUGUCGAAAUUACCGAAAACAGUUUUCCCUUUUCAAAGUAAUUCUAAAGUAGUAGAUAUAAGUGAGUCUAGAUGAAACUAUGAAUGAACCAAUGUAUGAAAUGGAAAUGUGGUAUUAAUAUUAUAUAAGAAGCAUUAAUAUCGAUUAGGUGUUCAAUAAAUCGAUUACGUAUCGAUAUUUACAUUCGAUUGUCUGGAAAUGACUUAACUGUUGAAAAAUCAUUGUUAGCAAUGAACUACGUUAAUACAAGUCCGAUUUACUUAAAUCCUAGUCAACAUCGAUUCUAAUCGAAACUGCAACGUUUGUGAUUGAUUACUAGACUAUAUUUACACUUAAAUAUUAUUUAUUUUAUCGAUUAGAGUAUCGAUUAGGUGAUAAUACACAAAAGUACUUACAUAAUUUGUAUUGAAACUUCACAUGUAUAUUCUAAAUUUUGGAAUAGUAUAUUCUCGUGGCCAAAUGUGCCAAGUGAAUAAGAUUCAAUGUUAUACCGUGCCUAGAAUAGUUAACGAACCAGUAUUGAGCAGUAAUAUGUUUAUCUAAAGCAGUGCCAAACUUAUACAUAAUAGAUUAACAAUGAUAUAAAAUCACAACACAUAAACUGAAUUACGAACGAUUUUCUAAGUUCAAAAUAAAGGACAAUUCAAGCGAAAAUAACCUUUAUUGCUUUGUCUUCAAGUCAUACACUAAAAACAGAUUAUAUAUGUCGGAGACGGGGGAGGGAGGGAGGUAAAUAGUCAAAAUCAGAUAUUGUAUUACAGUCAACAUCAUAACACACGAACGUAUAGUAUUUACAACUUUGUGACAUUGACAUGUUUCAACAUCGCCCUUAACCACGUGCUAAUGCUUCAGUGAGAGUUAUUAAGCGGUGCAACGAAUGCUAUAACUAUAUAAACCACGUUGUUUCUAAAAGUAGACAUAUAAUUUCGGUAAACUAAAUUAUAGUUUGGUCUGCUACUCCAUUUUGUAUAGUUGUUGGUCCUCUAUAUUCUAUUAAAUAAAUAAAUUAUAUACCGAUCGCUAGUCCUAGCCGAUGUUACAUCGCAUUAACAAACGAAUAAAAAUACUGAUGUCACUUAUCUUAGUGUGUGUUAACUUAAGGACAUCUCAAAUACCUAAGUAAAGCAAAAAAAGGAGCUCAGUACGUUUGUCAUUAAGUUUGAGUAACCGCACUAAGUCUUCGAACGAAAACCAACUUUACUGCUUAGAAGAUAAGAUUGAUUCUAGUGUUUUGUUCUAAUAACUGGUUAAAAUAGUCAUGACCGUCUUCGACAUAUAGUUAUUACAUUUUCAGGUAAAAAUCACUUUAUGAACAGUAUAAAUGACUUGACGAACUUGAAUUGAAGUGGUAAUUCCCAUGGCAUGUUUGUGAUCCUUAAAUUAAUAGUAACAUUUGUAUAUUUUUGUAACAAUACGUAAAUACGCUGUAUGAAAUCGAUAGUAAUAAGCGCCGCAAUAAAGAGGUUCUUCCAAAAAAUAAAUUUAAAAUCCAUGGAAUAUAAACAAGUAAAAAAAAGUGACACACGACUCCGUAAGUAGUUAAUAUUUAGGAUAUAAUUUUGACUCAUUUUCCACCUCAAAUAAUUAUGUACUCAUAACGUACAAAGACUAUGACAAAAUAUUCAAAUUAAUACUUUCCUUAUUAUCAAGUAACAGAAUUACAGCAAUCCAUCAUACAUUUUUCUUUCUCACAUAGUUUUUUCCCGUCAAAACUGAAAAACUUGGAUAACUUAAUGAUUUUAAGAAUCAGACCAUGCAUGAGCAAGUUCCGAAACACUAUUUCCAAUACUACGUCCAUCAACCACUCCUCUACUUGUUUAUAUUCCAUGGUUAAAACGAACGGACGUCGACUGUAACAAACGAACGCAUUCGAAGGCAUAUCCAAGCGUUGUUAUAAAUAUCAUCGAAACCCAUAACGUAUGUACAAAACCUUUGGUUCCCAUUGUUGAUAGCCGCGGGCGGCGCACCUGUGAUAUCCAAGAAGCCAAACUACAGUUAAAACAAAUAUAUUUUAUAUAACAUGUUGAAAAUGAGAUAAGUUUACAAAUUGAACCAAGAGGUAUUUGCAUUCGUCAAGUAUUAAUGUAUUGGUCGUUAGAAAGGUUUUUGAAACGGCCAGUAAAAGAAGCCGAUUUAUAAGGUGCUAGUGAAUUUCAGUGACAUUUAAGCUUUGUAUUAUGGACAAUUCAACUCAUCUUUGCGUACCACACUAUGUGUGGGUAACCCUGAGACGUUAUGUAUUAAUUCAGCUUUCAUUUGUGUGUCACUGUCACACAUAUAAAAGCAGCAAUAGUAAACCGUCAUUUUCAAUCGUACGCACACAUAGGGCCACGCGCAUUCUUGAGUUGUCCUAUAACAUUCAAGUACCUUUUUCUUCUAGUUGUCAAGCCAUUUUGUAACCUAUCAGCAUAACCAUUAGCAACUUUUUUAAUUUUGAUAGUGUAUUACUAUGAAAGCUAAUUGUGUUGACCGACGUGCCAGUGCAGUAAACUGUUCUAGAUAAAAAUAGCUGUGAUGUCGGUAAAGUAUGGCUGUACCAUAUCCUGAAAUAGUACAAAGUAUACAUUAAUGCUUGUCCCUCCUCUUUCCAUAAAGUACGCACGCCAUUUUUUUGCAAUAUUCUCUGUGAAAUCAAAACGAGCCAUUGCGUUUCUCCUAAAUACGAAAUGUCUUAAUUCAUUAAUUAUAUAACUUAGUCGUUCUUCUCUAUUUUGAUUCCAAUUUAUCCAGAUCUUAAAAUUACAAUCAUUAUCAGUAUCCACUUUCCUAAAUAAUAUCACUUUAAAAUAGAAGACGUAAACUAGAAUAAUACGAUUAAACGUGCAAAUUUUACGGUAGAAUUUUUAAUUCGUAAUAAUACAAAAUAAACUAGUUAAAAUUCAGCGUUAAGCUUCUAGACUAAAGAUACAGUGCCUUUACUUCGGCUGGGUUCGUUUGUUCGUGUACUCCGUAUACUGCCAAAAUAACACCAAUCUUUUAUCUUAAAAAACCUAACUUUACUACACUUGAAUUGUAAGGUGUAGCCAAGCCAAAUUAUAUUUACAGUUUUGUAGAUUAAGGUACAAAUUCGCUUACCUCACAUUUAUGGUAAUAUUUGUCAGGUUACGUUGUAAUAGCCUUAGAGAUAGUUUUACUCGGGCUCCAACGUUUGCCCCGCCUAAUGGCAUGUAUUUCUUCCAUAUUUGACAAUAGAUUUUACCACGCUGUCUCGCUGUGUAUCUGGCGGGCGUGGUAAUCGGAGCGCAACGUCGACGCUUUGCCAAUUGAAGUACUGAGACAAUAUAUAGGUCUCUCUUAAUCUAUUUCACAUUUUUAUAUAGAGAUCCAAGUCUUACUUAACUUUCCACAAAAGUUAGUAAGCACUUUUUAGACAAAAAAUAAUUACAAACUUCUUGAAAUAUUGAAAAAAUGCACUUAUUGUGAAGUUGAAUGAGAUAACGCAAAUUUUUGUUGUAGAUACUAAUUCUCUUCAUACGUUAUGUUAGCAAAAGAUAACUUAUAAAUCCCACUUUAAUCUUCAUUAUUUGAUUAAUACAAAAUAUUGACUAGGUAAACUGCACAAUUGCACAUUACGAAUAUAAAUUAUAAUGCCCUCGGCAUUAUAAUAGAAUUUAUGUCAAUCAUGACGUAAAUAACAAUAAGAAAUGCUAUUGUUGUAGCAAGAAACAACGUAAUACAUAUACAUAGGAGUAUGUAUAAUAUAUUUAUCGAUAUAAGUCACUUAAACAAUUUAGCUGUGUACAUUGUACCUCGUUACGUCAACCUAUUGAGGUUUAUUUAAUGCUUCCUCUUUUGGAAGUCUUUUAGAGACCUUGCCCCAAAGGUUAUAGUAUUAAAAAAGCAAAUUUAAUAACCCCAAAAUGAUCUGAUCCUUCUUGAAUAUUUACAAAUAUUUUUUUAAGCGGGCAAACAUUUAUUGCGAAAAAUUCUUCUUUUAUACCAUAACAAGUAUGUUGUAAUCGCAUUAAAUGUUCAAAGUAUAGAGCGACGUAUGUAAAACGAGAUUUGUAACAUCUUCCUCCCAUGAUAAUGGAACUAAGUUUUAACUUCUGUUUACAAUAUUGUUGGUGCAAGAUUUUACUGUCAUGUUACUUGCUUCGACCCUUAAUAUCCCGAAAAAUGGCGGCUUUUAGCUCUUUUUACUUGCGUCGAACUAUACCAAACUAUUAAUAUCUAUAGUAUGAUAUUUGUACGCUAUUAACAUAUUAUGGAUAUAUUUAUAAGUACACAUCCACAAUUCUAGAAAAUAUAUUAAAAAUAACUUUAUCAAGUGAUAGUAUUGGACUUCCCACUGGUUAGUGUAUAUAGUGGUUAAUAUAUAAUAGAUACCAUGAAUAUAAAACUGAAAUAUAAUAUGAAUCUAUUUCUAAAGUAUAGGAUAUACCAACUCUUGUUAUUAUGUUCACGAAGGGCGACAGAUAUGCCCCUUAUAGUGGUAAGGUAAGAUAUAGUGUAUAUAUGACAUGUAUUGCGGUUAACUUAGGCCCUAUAUACGAGGCAACUUAAUUCUCUAAUAUCUGACAACUUUUCUUCCAAGCAACUACCUCCGAACAAUUUUACCACCUGCAAUUGACACAUUUUCACGAAGAAAGCCAUUUUUGUUGUAAGGAAUAUAAGUCUUAUGUUGCCUCGUGUUCUAUAAACCUUAAGAUUUUCUAUUAUGACAUAGAUGACAAUUAUAUAUCAAAGUUGAUCAGCGCAUAAGAAAUACAUUAUAAUAAAAAAUGGAUUAAUACUUUAUUUAACAGAUUUUUGUUAUUUUUUCUUGAAAGGGCUUACACAGGUAUCCCUUUAUAAAUAAUGAGUUUGAUUAAACAAAUGAAUAUAGAAAAUAAUUUAUAUGUGUAAACAAUAAAGUAGACAUUAUAAUGUUUAGUAUUAUCUAUAUGUUAGAUAAGUUGUGUACGUAUCAUAUAAUAUAUGUUGUACCUAAUUUUGUUUAGUAUUAGUACGAGUCGCAUAAAUGAGCAAACUCAGAUAUUUUUAAUCUGUCUAUCAAAUGACUGUUUUUCUAAAAUUACGUUAAAAUGAUGACGAACUUCACUAUUCUUUAAAGAUUGCAAGACUUCGUCUUAAAUUAAUAUCUUUUUUUAAAUGAGUAUAUUACCUAACGUAGUAAAGAUUGUGUCAGUGACUGAAAGAGAUAGUGUCUUUAGAUAGCGUUGUUUCUUUCUAACGAUGACUUAAAAAAGGGCCUGAUAAUUGAAUUGUUGUUUAAUUGCAUCAUUUUCGCAGUUGUUUAUUUGUGAAACAUGUACGAAGCCAUAGAUUCUCCAUAUCUCCGUGCUAUAUUUUAAUUAAAUUAAUUUUACAAUCAUUUUUGAUUAUAGCAACACUAGUUUUUUUAUAGAUAAGUUUUUUUAGAGUUUAAUUAGUUCUUUUACUGAUAGCAUUGAUGUAUAAAACCCUUGAUACAUGGUAUUGAACAAUAGUUACCGUCAAUGACAGCUUCGGUUGCUUUAUGACCACGUGGUUUUGCAAAUUCAACCUUACGUACACGUCUUGAUUGAUUUAAUAAUGCGAGACCUUUGCCAAAUGUCAUACAGUUUGAAUAUGAUGUGUGUACUAUUUUUAAUAUUCAAGUCUCCCGUCAAAAUGUGUGUCCUUUAGGUGACAUGCUGCUUUUGUGCCGGCAAUCAGAAUAGGAGACAGAGACAUUUUAAAACGUCACUUAGAAGUCAUUUCUGCAUAAAACUGUGAACACUAGGUCUUGGGUUUUUACAUAUCAAUGAUCGAUAGAUAUUUUUUUUUUCUCUACACGAUUUAAGAUUGUACUUAAUUUUGGGAACUUUUGUACCUAUUGUUUUUCAUAUGUAACGAAUUACUUAAGUGCCAUUUAGAGCUUUGAGAUUUAUUUGGUACAAAUUAGAUGUAUUUAGUUACGUAUCGGGUUUUUAUUGUAUAUUUGUAUGGAUUAGUAAGUGACAGCUCGGUUGAUAACAAAUGAGUAUGAUAUCUGGGCAUAAAAGUGAUGAAACUAGUUGGUCCGUCAGACAAAUAAUGUAAAAAUGAGUUUCACGUAUUUUUGGUGUUACGUAAGCAGCAAAUCAAUCAUUUUAAUCUUUAACUUCCAACUGAAAGAGAUUUUUUGUUAAUUCUUACGAGAAAUGAAUCACCCUACCUGUCAAAUUUAUUGCGAGAAGUGACGUCAUUACCCCGUACCCAAUAUAAUUUACUCUACCCAGCAAAAGGUAUGGAAUAUUUAUCAUUAUUUCACCUUAUGGACAUAUAAAAUAGUUGUAAAUUGCCUUAUACGUAGGAAUAAAGAUCGUGAUUACGAAACCUCAGUAACAUUGAUGUACUUAAAUGAAUGUUUGUAUAUUUAUUUACAAGUAAAAGUUAUAGUUGUUACCGAGCUGUCGUCUUUAGAUAUUAUAUAUUUAAGUUCUUCCAUAUCUGACGUCUGUCUUCCCAUUUGAUAGCUUUAUUUAAUUUAUUUAAGGUUAUAUUAUAUUGUUUUUGAAAGAGUUGCAAUGAUGUCUUGAAGUGAGUUUAACGUGUAUGGUGUAAUGAAGUUUAAAUUCUUCUUUUCUCCUAUAUUUUUCAACCAGUUUAGAAUUGCGAAAUUGCGGUGCAGUUUUGGUAUGUAUUUUUUCUUUGUCCCUAAAUUGUUAAUUAAUCUAUGAUCGUAAUUGUAUACUUUGUGUAAAUGUUUAUUUUCCGUCAUGUUUAAAGUGAUCUGUUGUGUAUAUUAUAUGUUCUUUCGGUAUUAGGCUGUGAAUCUGUAUUGUGAAUCAAGUGAUUAAUAAUAAAUAAAUUAUUAUGUUGCU